AUGGUUAAUAGUAGUGAGCCUAAUAGGAAACAAAUUGAAGAAGAGCACAACAACACACUUUAUCAAUGGUUUCUAGAUCUUGGUAGAGCAAUCCAAAAAGCUGGCACAGAUGAUAAUCCCUUUGGUAAAUUGCACUCGUUAGUUUCCUCACAACAGUGGUAUAUUGACGCCACAAAAUUUGUUUUUGAUCCACCCAAAGCAGAAUACAAACACAGAUAUGUUCUUGUACUUAUUUCCAAUUUAAAGACUUUGAUUGUUAAUUCUGAAGUUUUAAUUCAGAAAAAAGAUGAAAUUGUCGAAAAACAAGUUGCAGAAGCUAGUAUCAGAGCUUUGGAAGAAAAAUAUUUGGGAUUUAAGAAAUCAAUCAAAGCACAACAAAACUCAUUGCAAAAGCCAAGAGAAGCUUCAUUGAUAGCAUUGUUCAACAUUUCAUUUGGAAUUUGGAUGGGUUUAUUUGUUUUGAUGUUGUCCAUGGGUUCAAAUGUUGGUUUUGCUUACAAAGUUGAGACAACUGCAAAUGAUUUGGCAAAAGCCAUAAACUCUACAUUCAUACCUACUAGCAACAUGACACUAAAUUCAACAUCUAGCAAUACCACAAAUCACAAUGCAGAGAUCAUUGCAGACAUUAAUUGUUGGUGCUGGAAGUAUGCCCUUUCAAACUUUUGUGUCAGUGGUCAAGUAUGCACAGAUUGUUGGCAUAUUAGGAAUGAUUUCUGUGUUGUUAUUUACUGUUUUCCUUAA